AAUCAAGGUAUACACGACAUACUUAUGGCUUUCUGAUGAUAUCCGCAGCGUGAUCUUACCGAAGACUCAUAAGCAAAGAUGGCGGAAAUGAAGGCGGAAUGCGCUAAGUAUUAGUGACUGUGAGACUUGAGUUGAUUUUCUGGGAACUUUGAAUAAUGGGCUUACCAAAUCUAACCGCAGAGGAGGAAUACCUUCUUAGAAAGUUCGCUUUGUUGAAGAAAAGGGUAUGACAUCUAGCUCCAGUCCCAUAUAUUUAAAGAGAUUGUCAUUGAUUUGAAAUUAAAGGAUCUCAGUCUGAGGGCGAAGGUGCUUUAUUUCAUUCCAGAAAAAGGCACUGCAAAAGUCUAAGGAAAAAGUCGAAAAUCCCAGCAGUAUCAAGCCGGGUACGAAGCGUGGUAAGAGAUUCAACAUAAAGCUUUGAUACUGUGUGUGACCAGGAAGUUAAAUGACUUAGGUCGAGUUAAUUUUGAGACAACCUCAUAAUCUGAAUCUUUUAGGGGUCUAUCGCAAGUCUCUCGAAAGUCCCAGUAACUGAUCAGGUCCGUAGUCAUAUUUUUAAAUCAAAAUUUAAAGAAUUAAGAAGCAGGUUCUGGCGCUUUAACCAGUUAAUUUUGUUUCUUUAGCUAAAAGUUUUAUUGUAUGAUUUUCAAGACUUAUGAAACCUUAUCUAGAUCUUAAAUGAAAACAAAACAGCUUUGCAGGCCUGUAAGGUUAACAGAACCUUUUAUGGAAUGGGCCCCAGGUGUCCUAGGUCUCAAUAUGUAAGGUCCAGGUUUUUCAUUACCAGGUGUUUAUUAGUUGUGGUAGCCUCUGGUGUUAAUUAUCAGGGAGGCCUAUUUAUACGUGUAUACAAUUAUUAUUAUAGUUUUCAAAUUAAUGUCUCUCUUGGUGCAAAAUGUAACCUCUAUCUAUUUAUUUUAAGUGUGUGAGGUUAAAGUUUAUCCCCCAAAUUGUCAAAUAAAAGUAGUUUUGGAAAUUUUUUCAUUCCAGAUGCUCCAGCAGAAAUUAGCCACGAUCCACAGGAUGCAAAAGAGAUUGCCAAGAAGCUGAUUGCCUCAGGGGUAUGUUAAAUGUAGUUUACAUCUGUUUCACCUCUAACUGGAAGGCCAUGAGGGGGAAAGCUGUCAAAGACUAGCAGUAAUUGAAACUUCAUCAUCAGUACAAUUAAUUAGUCUGAAUCCUACAUCAUAGGACAAAUGAUCAAACCUUUAUUUAUCUAUAGAAACCAUGAUUAACAACAGCAUUUUCUAUAAAAUUUUGUUUACUUUAAUCCUUUCUCUGGAAUAUAAAUAACAAUACAAAUUUGUGAUUCCUUAGUACCCUCAACCACUCUAAGAAUUCUAGGUUGAUUUCCACCUGCUAUCAGUCUGAUAAUUUUUUGAAUACUGUUCACAAGUUGUCAGUAAUUGGAAUUCUCCUCUUAAUCAAGGAAGUGAAGAUUAAAAAAGAUCCUGUCCAUAGGGAGUUCAAAAGGGCUAAAGGAGGAGAAAGAAGACAGAAGGUAAGAUAAAUUUUAAAGAUCAUUUUAAACUAACAUUAUAAACACUUAGGAGCAGGGAUAGCACAGUGGGGAAAGUGUGUGCCUCCCAACAAUGUGGCCUGGGUUUGAUUCCUUGAGUUGGCUUUACUUGUAGGAUUUUCUCUGGUUUUCUUCCCUCCACAAACACAAUACUCCAAGUUCUGAUUCAAUCUGGAAACAAUGGACAAGAAGAGGCACUUAGUGAAAUCUCCAUUGUUUAAUUCCCAUUUUUUUUAAAAAUAUUGAUUAUUAACUUGUAGAGUACAUUUCAAAUUGUUUUAUUACUAGAUUUCACCCUUUUAAAGUAUUGGUGUUGAAUGACACACUCACCUGAAGGCCUAGGUAUUACAUGUUAGGUUAACUAUGUACAGUGUAUGAGAAUACCCCGAGGCAAGUAUAAACUUGUGUUGACAUAAAGUAUGUUUUGCUAAUUGUUCAUGUUGAUUUUUUGAUCAAUGUAGGAUUUCUCACAGCAACCAGCAUCUAACAGGAAUGAGCAGCAGGUAAAUAUUGCCCAAUAGUAUCAAAUAUUUAUGAUGAAAUAUAUUUAAUUUUUUAUGUGUUUCAAAACCACCUCAUUGCUCUCCCUUUAAAUGUUUUUAGUUACCUUUAGUCCAUGUUAGGGGUUAAUCUUGACAAAAAGGUCUUACACAGUCUUCAAACAGGUCAUCUCUCAAGAGUGAAGUUUUAAAAUCAGUUGAACUGUUGUGGUUCUGAGUACUGUGGAAUUUUUCGCAACCAAGUUAUCUUUGGCAUAAAUGUCAAUCAUUUCAUUAAUUUUUAUCUUUUUUUUGAUUUGAUGAAAUGAAUUAGACCUUAACUUUUCACUUUUACCAUGUAAGAGAUGUAUUAUAUUAUGUAAUACAUGAUCCAUGUUCUUUUUUGCUCUUUUUUAUAGGCACGUGCUGAAGCAAUAAGAAAUUUAUAUCAUGAAAGGUAAGAAUUUGAGGCAAUUAUAACUGUAUCAGUGGCAUAUAUUCCAUCUUUUUUGGUCCUUUGAAACUUUCUAUUUAGGUUUUUUGUGCAAUUUUGAUUGUACACUGCUCUCUCAGAACUAUUUAUGCCAAUGGUUGCUCAGCUUUAACCCUUUAACUCCCAAGAUUUCAUUUAUCUAGUAAUUCUCAUUACUGUCUACCAUACAAUUUGUUAUGUUAGUUUGGAGAAUUUGGAAUUGGAUCGACCAUCCAUCCCCUAAUUGAUAUUUUUCUUUAUUUUUAUUACUUAUCUGCUUUAUGUCAUACUGAUAAUGUAAGGAGAGAUUCUCUCUUGGUAAUUAGUGGGACUUAAAGGGUUAAUUACUCUGUGAGUACCUGUAACAAUGUUGUAAUUGAAAUGUUUGUUAUAUUUUUGUUUUUUCCUUUUUGGUUUUGAUUAGCUUUAUACCUUCUUCUACCUCUCAAAACAAGCGCUUCUCAGGAGGUAUUUGUUUGACUUUAACUCCUGUUUAUGAAUGUUUAUUUUAAUUGUUUAUCUUUGUGCCUGCCUUCUUUGGCUGUCUGUUUGUCUGAAGGUCGAUUAAGUAUCUUGCAGCUUGUUCAGUCUAAUUAAGUGUUCUGCAAAUUUUCUUUAUUUAAAAAUCUUGUUUACCAAGGAUUCUAUUCAUUAUAUACAUGUAUAAUAAAGUAUUGCAAUCCCUUUUCUUGAAUCAUUUUCAAUUUAGGGCAAGGAUCAGGUAGAAGAAGUUGGUCUGAUGAUCAAUCAAGAAAGGUAAAAACAGGCUGAUGGCUUAAAAUAUCAUGCUGUCAAGUACUGGCUUUGUUCUCUGUAUCAAAAUUGGUCAGUUUUUUUUUUUAAAGAUGUACAUGUAGAAAGUUUGAGACAAGGUUCAUUUUUAUCUUGUUCUGUGAUGAUACGCAAUAAUAUUUGAGAUCUUAAAGUGCAUCCAUAUAAUUACAUAUAUAAUUACAAUACUGUCCUCACCACAAGGUGCUGGAAUUUAUAAUCAACAAUUUCUGAGGCACCCAGGAGUAUAGUAUUACUUAACAGCAGUAGACAACUGCUGUGGCACAGGAAAGCCAAAGAUGUGGCUUUUUUUACAAUUGGUUUAUUGUUAUUUUGCUAUCACAGUCACACUUCGCAUGUUGACUGUUUGUAUUGCAUCCCACAGGGAAACACGAUCUAUGUUAAUGGAUAUGGAUUAACAGAAAAAAUCCUCCAGGAAGAGUUCACUAAAUUUGGUGAGGUUACAUGUAACUCUUAAACCCCUAAGAGUUACUUACAUCUAAUUUCUUCUUGCAUCAUCACCCCUGAAUCACGCAUUUUGGUCAUGAGAAUAAUUCCAAUGAUCAUCAACUUAAGAGACCCUUGACUAUUAAACAAAUUUAAACUUAAUAUGUAAAGUUAUAUUUCAAGCACUCCCCCUCUUCCAGCUUGAUCCAAGGAAAAAAAAGGAAAAACUUUGCUAAAGAAACUUAAAUGCUGAUUUUUAAUAUUUUGUGUUUGGUGAGCUAAGCUGGAAACUACACUAAAAGAGACCACUCAAUGAGUCAUAUUCUAAGUUCAAGAUGGUAUAUGAGUUUUCAAUUCCCCAUGUUUGGGUCAUGUCACUUCCAUCAUGUGUAAUUCAUGCAAAUUGGAACCACUUAUUUAUUCUAGAAUAUGUAGGACAAUGACAGGUAUGCAAACCUAAAACAACACUAUUUACAAACAACACCAGUGCCACUGCUACCACUGACAUGGUUAUGUUAUGCCAUAUUUCCUCCUGCUGUUUGACAAACUAGUAAAUCUUCGUAACUCGCAAUGUUUUCAACCUUUCUGAUUCUGCAUCCACUUAACUUUGCCUCCACUACCCAACCGGGCACACAAAGUGUUGAUGUUGUUGGCCAGCCAAGCUAUCGUACUGCUUAUUUAACACCAAUAUGCUUACAAGAGUUUAUCAUAAUUAUGACUGAAGGAAACUAAUUGCGCCAAAGCCAGACAGGAAAACCCCUAAAAACUAGGAGCUGGUGAAAAUGGGGAACAUGUACCCCCAACCAGGGCAGUGGUGCUACCUUCAGGGUUUUAGAGUAUGCUUUGAAUAACAUGAUAUACAUAAGUAGGUAACAGUUACUGAAGGAAGUAUGCAAGUACAGAUCUAAGUAAAACCUGAUGUAAAAUGACAAUAUUUCAGGAAAUAUAAAAAACUAAAUAAAUAAAUUUAAAUGAAAACAAAACUGGCAAAAUAUUAGCUUAUGCUAAUUACAAUUGUCACAAAUUACAUUUUUAGAUGAGGGCCCAGGUCGUGGCAUAUAAUUUUCUUGGUGCAAAAAUGAACAUUGUGUUGGCUCAAUCACCUUCUUAGCCAAUUGAUAUUACAUGAUUCUGAAAUUUUUGUGCUACUCACUCAAACAUGUAAGUGGCAAAUUGGCUUUGUCCAAGAGUGAACAGCAGCUUUUAUAGAGUUGUGGUAAACCAGUAUAUAAGUGCCAUUAAUUCUUGCAAAAUGAACCCAACUUGUUUUUCAUUUUAGUAAUUCUUUCUAUUUCUCUUUUCAGGUAAGGUUCAACAUGUUAACUUUGAAAGAGAAAAGAGGUACAAUUGUGUAUUUAUUUGUCACAUCAGUCAUUUUGAGUAAAAAAAGAUCAUUUUUGAUUUGAUUUCCUUGAUUUCAUCUAACACAACUGAUCUCAAAUUAUGACAACUGUUUUUCAAAGCAUUUUCUGUCAUAUUUCUGCCCCCUCUUUAUCCCUAACACCUGUAACUUGGUUGAGGGACUGGUCAUUACUUAUUGCCUGGAGAGGGGAUUGGAGGAUUUUGGUUGUUGCACAAUAAAUUUUACCUGACCCCCUCCCACAAAGUGCUAUUAGUGUUCUAAUGAUCCCCACUCAUUGGCAGUUGUAAUUUUCAUGAUUUCCCCCUCCCAUGGCCGCUGACGUUAUGUGUAAAUACCAAUAUUAAAAAAUCUAUGCUGGUGUUACAAAUUUAAACCCUAUCACUUUUAAAAGGGACUUUUACCCUUGUUAUUUCAAUUCUAUUUUGAAGCUCUCAUUUGAUGUUACUCUGAAAAGUUGUCUCUAAUGUUUUUUUCUUUUAUCUACAUAGCCAAGGUUUUGUUACACUAGACUCCUGUGAAGCAGCUGAAAAAGCAGUUAUUGAGGUAUGCAGAGGAGAGAAAAGCACAUUACUGUCGCUAGUGACCUUGACCCUUUCAAUCCCAAGAUCUCAUAAGUAGUUCUCUUUACUGUCUUCCCAUUGUGUUAGUGCAGACAAUUUGGUAUUGGAUCAGCCAUUAAUCCCCUAAUUUAUGUUUUAUUAUUAUAAUAGAUAUUUUUCUUCAUUCUCAUAACUUGUCUUGUUUUUGAGAGAGAAAUCCAAUUAUGUGUGUAUCUAAGUGAUUUUGAUUUCACUGACUGCUGGGAAGCUCUACAUAAUUUUAAACAAGGCGACAGAGCUAGGGAAACGAGCGGAUAUUUACUUUUGACGAAACCAACCUUUUUACUCUACACGGUGGCCUUCAAAACUUGCAAAAAUCAGCCAGUAACAUGGGAAAGUUGAUUGUCAAUGUCUCCCUUUUUUUCUCAGAUGAAUGGUAUGAUGGUGUCUGGUGUGCAUAUCAAAGUAGCUUUUUCCAGGAGGCAACCCAACAUGGGAGACACACAAGGAUAUCGAAGACCUGGUCUGGGAAGCAGAGGUUAGAUUUGUCACAAUUUACUUAGGUUCUUUUUUUAAAAAGACGUUAAUUGUUUCAUUGUGUGGCAAUCCAAUGAGUCUAUAUUUUGAUCAAAGGGGGUAAGCUUCUUAAGAAACUGGGGUGCUGCGUCAGUAGGAAAGUAUAGCAGGUAAUUUAGUGUUAACAACUGAGUUGAAAACGUAAAUUGGACUCAGUUAAGAGUUAAAGGGCUGACGUUUCGAGCGUUCGCCGUUCAUCAGAGCGAUUGAAAGAAUUGUGGGUUGUGUGUGGGUUUAUAUGAAGAAAAUGGAGCUACGCUAUUGGUGGGAAUAAUUGGUGACGAGAAAACAAGAAUAAGUUAGUUGAACGAGAAGCGCUCGUUGAUACCGUGGGGAUUAAGAGUGCCGAUUUGGAAGAAAAAUUAGAUGUACGGAAUGUACGGAAAGGCCGCAAAGGCCGCAAAACGCUAUAACAAAAAUUUAUCUUCCAAAUCGGCACCUGGUUCAUGUGCGUAAGGCGAUUUGCGUAGGUUGCGUAAGACCUAAUGGUCAGAUCAGAAAUGUGUCGAAAGUGUCCUGUGAUUACAAUGGUUCCUUUUUAUUUUUUGCAGAUUCAAGAGGGCACAGUUCAGGUUUACAGUCGCGGGAAGCCAGAGAAAUUGUUUCAUACGACGACCUUUAGUGUUAAAUUACAUCAAUAGUGAUAUUCGAUAAAGAAUAGCUGCUGUACCUAUUCCGAGUGGCAGUUCAAAAAUUUUCAACCAUGAUAAGUAUAUGAAACCGUUAAGAGGGCUGAUGCAAAAAUUUCGACUGAGUCUUUUGGGUCUAUUAUCCACUUUGGCUUAUUUUCUAGCGAACAGAAUUUUACCUUUGAAAUAUUAGUUCACUGAAAAGCAUUAACCCUUCAGAUUUGAUGUAGACAGCGUGAGCCUUUUUUCAUAUCAUCGUCUUGAACGCCCCGGUGGUUCCAAACAGUACCUAAGCGGUUAAGCCUUUUUCACUAUCGAGCUCUCUGUAGGUCAUCGGAGCGCCAGGUCUGACCUUUCAACUGCUCUAGGGUACACAGUCUUUUCUCGCGUCCCACGCUCGUAACAGAGCAAAUACAAUUCUCUUAAGAGGUUCAAAAGUUUUCGAACCAGAUAGAGAAUUAGACUGUAACAUGUAUUAUAGGUUAUCAAGAUGUCUGUAAGGAACCUUUAAAUUAUAUAUUUAAUAAAAGCUUUAACG